AUGCCGAAAUUCCUGAACACGCCCGCGACUUAUUUUUCGCUGCCAAUCUCACUGCACUCCGGAAAAAAAGAAGGCGGCAUUCGCCCCAUCGCAGUGGGCUGUUUCUAUCGCCGGUUGGCCUCCAAAGUUGCUUGCAGGCAAGCCACAAAGUUAUUGGGAUCUGAAUUACGCCCAAUACAACUUGGAGUCGGUGUCAGUGGCGGCUGUGAAGCCGCAGUCCAUGCAACAAGGCAGUUCAUCUCUGCCUCGCAAAAUCAACCGAAUAAUCCUCAUCUUUUAAUCAAACUGGACCUGAUUAACGCUUUUAACAGCGUCCGUCGUGACGUAAUCUUUGAAUCCAUCAUCCGUCGUUCACCUUUUAUUGCUCGUCUGGUCGCUUUGGCCUACGGUCGACCCAGCCUCCUUAUCGCUGGCGACCACUCAAUCUCUUCCUGCAACGGGGUCCAACAAGGCGAUCCUCUGGGUCCUCUCCUUUUCGCCCUGGCAAUCGAUCCCGUUGCCAGAAGUGUAUCCUCCGUUUUCAAUGCUUGGUAUCUGGACGAUGCUACUAUCGGAGGUACACUCGAAUCCGUUCUCGACGAUCUGAGAACUUUAAUCCCGGCAUUACACGCAAUUGGCCUCGAUAUCAAUCCCCGAAAAUCUGAAAUCUUUAACAUCAGUUAUGAUACUCACCGUUUCUCUGUUCCCCAUUGUUCUAUCGAGUCAUUACUUCCUAACAUCCAUGGCACUUCGCCCGGAAAUCUCAAGAUUCUGGGUUCCCCGAUUUUUCACUCCGGUGUUGUUUCUACCUUAUCAGAAAAAACAUCAAACCUUGCGUCAAUGUCCUGUAAUCUUGGUAUCAUCGAUUCCCAUUCGGCCCUGUUCUUAUUGAGGAACUGUUUCGCCAUUCCUAAACUACUGUUUACCCUCAGAAGCGCACCAUGCUUUGCCAAUCCCGAGAGUCUUUCCAGAUUCGACCAUGCUCUUAGGACUUGCCUCGAAUCAAUAUGUAAUGCACCAUUCGACGAUCUUGGCUGGGAACAGGCAAUACUCCCUAUCAGUCAUGGCGGCAUCGGUGCGCGCUCAGCCACUGACCUUUCUUUGCCAGCAUUCCUUUCCUCCACACAUGCCACGAGCACCCUUGUCCAAGAGAUUCUCCAACCCUUUUCCGAAUCAGAGUCAGUCGCCGCAAAAAGCCGCUGGCUUGGGUUGUCUCUUGAGCUCCCUCAGAAUCCGCACGCACAGGUCGAAUGGGACAGGAUCCUCUGCGACCAGAAGUUGAACAACCUCAAGCCUAAGCUUAACCAACAUCGCUUGGCUUGUUUAUUGGCUGCCUCGCAACCAUAUUCGGGGGCUUGGUUGACCGCCAUCCCAAUGGGUUCUAUUGGAACCUUAUUGGACGAUGAUUGCCUGAGGAUCGGCAUAUCAUUGCGCCUAGGACUGAACGUAUGCCGGGAACACCGGUGUCGCUGUGGAUCGACCGUUGACCCCUUUGGAUUGCACCCGUUAUCGUGCCAAAGAAGUUCCGGACGCUUCCCUCGACAUACUGCUCUGAACGACAUAGUCAAGCGGACUCUGGAAACUGCCGGAUUGCCUUCACAGCUGGAACCGGUCGGGCUGGCUCGGGAGGAUGGUAAACGUCCUGAUGGUCUAACGACCUUCCCAUUUGAGAAUGGCAAGUCUCUCAUCUGGGACGCUACUUGCACGGAUACCUUCUCCGCCGGGAACAUCUUGACGUCAGCUUCAGAGCCGGGCUCCGCAGCCAACCUGGCCGAAACGCUAAAAAUCAAGAAAUACAGUGCAUUAUCUCACCGCCAUAUCUUUGCCCCGAUCGCAGUGGAGACAUCGGGAGUCCUCGGCCCCAGAACUAAAAAAUUCCUUAUUAAACUAGGGGAUUUGUUUGCAUUUUAUCAAAUGCCAUUUGAAGUUCGUGCGUGUAAAUUUGAUUUUUGCGGUUGCGACUUGAAGUUUGUACUUGAAAAUUUGAUUUUUGCGGUUGACAUUUGA